AUGCCUUUAAGAAAUUUGGAUCCACCUGCAUUGUGUAAUGGAACAAGAUUGAUUGUGAAAAAAUUGAUGCCCAAUGUUAUUGAAGCCAUGAUUAUAACAGGACAUUCAACAGGAAAUAGUGUGCUUAUUCCUCUCAUCCCCUUCAUAUCUUCAGACUUUCCGUUUCAGUUUAAACGACUUCAGUUUCCUGUUCGACUUUGUUUCGCGAUGAGUAUAAGUAAAUCUCAGGGACAAUCUUUAAAAGUCGUUGGUCUUGACUUGCAGAACCCUUGCUUUUCACAUGGACAGCUUUUUGUUGGCUGCUCAAGAGUUGAUGAUGAAAAGAACUUAUAUUUAUUGGCACUAAAUGGAAAAACUAAAAAUAUUGUUUAUAAAGAAGUUUUACAAGAAUAG